AUUUGUGUGAUCUAACUGAAACAACUUCCCUAACUGUCAUCUUGAGCACCCCAAAAAAUGUCACAUGUCCCAUCACAAUAGGUCCACAUCAACCUUGCUUAUAUAUAUAUAAUGCAAUUUUAUCAUGCUAUAUUCUCCGAGUUUAAUUAAGCACUGAUAAAUAAGUACCAAUAUUACAUGGAUCAUCAUCAGCAAGAAAAGUUCAAUAAGGCAGAAAUUCUAGAUUUGUUAUCAGAGAUUACUGAAUUUGAUAGCACUAGUUGGCUUCUUAGUUCAUCCCUGGAGUCCCAAAAUGUGAAAACAACUGAAAAUCACACAAGGGAGUGUCACAAGAAGAAGAAGAUACUAGGAUGUGCCAUAAUUUCAGCAGAGGAAUUGAAAAUAAGAAGUGAGCUUGAAAUGGAGAUUGAGAAGCAUUUAGAAGACGAGAUUAAGGAUAGUAUCUACUGCCUGGCGCUUCGGUUGCGCAGGAUUUACAAGCAGAGGAAGGAGAGGAACAAUGCAAAAUAUGCAUCUGAAUAUGGCAACAACCACCAACUAUUACUAAAUGAUAAUAACAUCAUAAGAAUUAGUAACAAUGGAACAUUUUCUGGGGUGAAUAUAUGGAUAAGAAUGGAAGAGGGAAGAAGAACAAAGGUUGAAAUUAAAGAUGUUGCAAAAAGGGUUUGUCCAAAAACUGUUGUGAAAGAAGUGAAUGGUUUUGGUGCAAAAAAUAAAAAGUUUGAUUGGGUCAAUACACUAAGAGAAGGUUCUUCAAGUCCUGUUGUUGCUGCUGUCAACAGAUCAAAUGGAGGGUCAAAGUCAAAGCACAAGAGUUUUGACCUAAAGAAUGUUUUCUCAAACUCUAAAUUGGAAUGUGGGAAGGGAAAGAAUAAUGGUGGAUCCCCAUGCCAAGGAAAAAAGAGUGCAAGUGUGGACAAGGAGAAGAUACUUCAAUUGGAGUGGAAAUUUUGAAAAAUCUUGUUUGGGGUAUGUGCUGAUUUUUGUUUGGCCUUUUCUUUUUUGUUGCUACAUACCAAAUGAUGAAUUGAUGACAUAAGUUUUUUGGGUUUUUUUUUUCUCUCUAAUGACAAAUAAUGCAUGAUAGAAGUAGAAGAUAUUUUUUUUUUGUAUUGCUCUGGUCUAAA